GCAGUGACUCAGGGCAGUGUGUGUGUGAGUGGCAGAGGCCAGGCUGCUGGGCACUUACAGCAGUUGCCCAGGGAGUGUGUUUGCUUUUGAAGAAGAGUCACGUUGCUGCAGAUUUAAAUGUCAAAAUCGUAUUAGUUUUGACACUCAGUUUAGUUUUCACUUCAGAGAACAGAUAACCAGCUGAUAUGUUCAAAUCUAAAGCUGCCAAUGCUGUAGCCACGGCUGAUAAAUAUGGCGCUGUGCCUCAGUCAGACAAGUCUGAGCUACCUGCUGGAUGUACAGUCACUUUUUACAGCAUUUACUACAGAGUGAAAACCAGAAGUGGUCCACCCUACUUCAAUAAGGUCAAAAUGAAGGAAAUUCUAACUGAUAUCAAUGGCAUUAUGAGCCCUGGAAUGAAUGCUAUCCUAGGUCCUACAGGCAGUGGAAAGUCCUCGUUGUUAGAUAUUUUGGCUGCCAGGAAAGCUGAGGCUGGUCUGACAGGGGAGCUGCUGUUAGAUGGUGCUCCCCAGCCUCCAAACUUCAAAUGUAUCUCUGGAUAUGUUAUACAGGAUGAUGUGGUGAUGGGGACACUGACUGUGAGAGAGAAUCUCCAGUUCUCUGCUGCCUUGCGUUUGCCGAGGCAUAUCGGUCGAAUAGAACAGAAUAAAAGAAUUGACAAGGUCAUCAAAGAGCUUGGGCUGACUGAAGUGGCAAACUCCAAGGUUGGCACUCAACUGAUUCGAGGCGUGUCUGGUGGAGAAAGAAAGAGGACAAACAUUGGAAUGGAACUGAUCAUUAAUCCCACUGUCUUGUUCCUGGAUGAACCGACCACUGGACUGGAUGCCAGCACCGCUCAUGCUGUCUUGCUCUUACUGAAAAGGAUGUCAAAGCAAGGUAAAACGAUCAUCUUCUCAAUCCAUCAGCCCAGAUACUCUAUCUUUAAGCUCUUUGAUAGCUUGACACUCCUGGCAAAUGGAAGAAUGAUUUUCCAAGGCCCAGCUUUCAAAGCACUGGAUUACUUUGCCACAAUUGGAUACAAUUGUGAACCAUAUAACAACCCUGCAGAUUUUUUUCUUGAUAUCAUCAAUGGAGAUUCAACUGCAGUGGAAGCAAGGCAAAAUGAAUAUUUUGACACAGAUAUGGAUUUUGAAGCUCUUUUUGGAAAAACGGAAACUACACUAGCAGAGAAACUUGCAAUUAUGUUUUCCAAAUCCACCUAUUCCAGUGAAAUGAUGGCCAAAUUAAAACAAUUGUCGGAAGCAAAAAAAGGAUCAGAAUCAUUUCAUAGACAAAUCAUGUACUCAACAUCAUUCAGUCACCAGCUAAAGUGGUUGACCAAACGAUCAUUCAAAAAUCUGCUGAGGAGUCCUCAAACCUCUGUUGCUCAGAUAUUGGUUUCGCUUUCCAUGGGUCUGGUUGUGGGAGCCUUAUCUUUUGGAGUGAAAAAUGAUUUGAAUGGAAUUCAGAACAGAGUCGGGGCGUUGUUUUUUAUGACCACCAACCUGUGUUUUAGCAGUCUAUCUGCUAUUGAACUGUUCGUCAUAGAAAAGAAGAUUUUCAUCCAUGAAUAUAUCAGUGGAUACUACAGAAUAUUUGCUUAUUUCUUGUCAAAGUUACUGGUUGAUCUAAUCCCAAUGAGGGCUUUGCCAGCCACAGUGCUUGCAACUGUAACCUAUUUCAUGAUAGGUCUCAAGCAAACAGUAAGUGCCUUCCUCACCCUAGUGCUUACGUUAAUACAGGUGUCCACCACAGCCACCUCUAUGGCCUUGGCUAUUUCAACAGGAUACAAUGUUGUGGCUGUUGCUAACCUCCUGGUUACCUUGUGCUUCAUCUUCAUGGUUAUCCUUUCAGGUCUUCUGGUGAACCUGGUCAGUAUCGUGUCCUGGUUGUCGUGGCUGCAGUAUUUGAGUAUCCCUCGAUAUGGUCUCAGAGCUCUGCAGAUAAAUGAAUUUACUGGUCUAAAGUUUUGUAACAAUUCUCACCAGUUACAUACUAUUGGAAGCAAGUGUCACCCGGGUCCCGAAUUUAUUAUAUGCACUGGAGAACAAUACCUUCACAGUCAAGGAAUUGAUGCAACUGCUUGGGGCUUGUGGCAGAAUCACGUGGCAUUAAUAUUAAUGAUGGUUAUUUUCCUGAUGAUUUCAUAUGCAAAACUUUGCUUCAUGAAGAAAUUUUCAUAGAACUAUUGGAAGAUACUUACACAAACUUGUGUUUUUCAUUUUAUGUUUUGAAUGUUUGGGGAUUUGUGUUAGGUUGUUAAGAGCGGGCGAGGACUCUGUAUAUUUUACUGCUUGAAUGCAGGCUCUAUAACUUUAUAACUGCUAAUGAAUAUACAUUCAGCAGUCUCAGUCCAAUUCUCAGGUGUAAAAUUGCCUUCAAUUCCCCAGUCCAGUUGUGGGCAGUCUUAAUUGUAUUUGUUGAGAAUAAACUAAUAUUACUUGGUGCCAUAAA